GAUGAGGGGGGGGCAGAGCUGGAGACCCUCCUGGAUCUCACAAGUUCCGGACAAGGUCACACAGUUUCACCUUAACUGCAAGCAACGCCUGGCCCUGUGGAGAGCCGGAGAGAAUGAGCCCUGGAGCACAGAGGCCCUGCACGAGUUGGAGAGCUCUCUCCAGCCGCCUUCUGAGUUUUCCCCCGAGAAGUUCCAGCAGAUGAAGAUGCAGGCUUCCAGCAUGCGCAGCCGGAAGGGCCUCGAGGUGUGGCGCGAAGCUUCGGAGAAAUGCGAAGAGGCCAAGCAGGUCCUGGAAGACGUGCAGGCCAAAUGGAGGAAGAGCCAAGAAGGGAGAGUGAGGGUCUGUGGGGGGAAAUGGGACCCUCUUGGCACAGGUCCUGAUCCACCUGCUGAAACCCUGGAUGAAGACCCCUACUUUGAUGGUGUGCUGGUGAAAACCAGGAACCAGGGAUGCCCACUGGAAUACAACAAAAGGAGUCUGGAUACGGACAGAACUGGCACGCAAGAGCAUCCGUCUUGUGGAGAAAGCAAGGAUCAGUUGGGAAGAGAAGGGGCUUAUCUCGUGUCUCUGCUGGCUGUUCCAGAAAGUGGGUCCUCUGGAGGUGAGAACCCCAACAAAGAGUCCUCAGAAAGUCUCCUCGCGCCCACACAAACCCCUCCUCCUCCGGUGCUUCACGCCCACCCCUCUUGCCUAAAGCCGAAGCACGUGCCGGAGACAUGCGAGGACCUGCCAUCUACUGACUGGACGUGCGUCACGGUGCCAGUGAGAGGCCAACGGCGCAGGAGGAAGGAGGCCGCCCAGUAUUUCCAGCUCUCCAGACACGGGAGUUUUUCCUCGGAAGACACUGAUUCCCAGAACUCCACUGAAGACUCCCUGGGCUGCAGCGCUGCAUUAUCCGUGGAAUCCGUGGGCUCCAAAGGAGCGUCGUCCCAGGAGAAAGCUCUGGGAAUUGUGUACUUAGAGAACCAUAGCGCCACCAGUCUGCAUAAAGCGACGUCCCAAUAAGUUCAGUGAACCCGGGAGCUACGGAUCCUUGGCUCCGUUUUCAUGGGCUGCCCAUUGAUUUUCUCUUUAAGCAUAAGCAUUUUUUAUUGUCAUUGUGCACGCACAACGAAAUUUACAGCAGCAUUCCUCGAUGCACACAAUUCCAGACUCAUACCCCAUCCUCGCUUUCCCCUUCCUCCACCCAUCCC